UUUUUUUUGUUUUGUUAGCUUCUCUUGGGGUAGCUAUCUAUGGGAUUUUACUUUUGUUGACCUUGAGGAUACGUGGAAUAAGAUACAUCAUUAUUUAUCACUUCCUCAGCGUGGUCAAACUUUAAAGUAUUCCGUCUCAGGAUUUACGGCUCCAAUUAGGGUAUAAAAAUUUUCUUAUAUUUAAAUUGUUUUAUUGUUAUAUUUUUUAUUUUAAUUUUAACUUUUAUUACUGUUAUUGUACAAAAUUGUAGAUAUGGAUAUAUGAGAUGAUUCCGGCUGUUCGUGCAUGUGGAUUUGCAUUGAGAAAAAAUAAAGACUUGCCUCGGAUGAAAAGAUGGAGCGGAACAAAAAAAUUGAAAUGGGUUGACGUGAACAAGAUUUGGUCAAAGAUGCAGGUUUAAAAAUAUUUCGUUUAUUAUUAAUAAAGUUGAUUAUUAUAGUUUUAUAUGCAUUUUUAAUAUGUUUAAUUUUUUAGGAGGGGCUACCACCAAGACAAAACAUGUUACCGGGUGAUGGUGAGAUGACAUCUUUUUAUUAUAUGUCAUUUCAAGAGUAUGUAUAUGGUGAAGGGAAAGCAGUUCCAUCCCCAGUACGGGACCAUUUUAGGAGACAAGACGAAUCUUCGUCUAGUAUGUCGUCCAGUGGUCGCUCUCAUGGUAGAGGUCGGGGUAGUGGGAAACACAAGCUAGACGAGUUGUUGAAACGGGUACAUGCACUGGAGCAGCAUGUGUUUAUGAAUCAACAAAAACCUACAGAGGUUUUUUUUGAAGAAGUGAAUAAUGAACAAUUUUGGAACGACAUUAUUUUUGAGGAUCCGACAGUGUCACAAAGAAAUUAUGAUGAACAGGUUAGUUAUACGCUACAUUAUUUAUUAAAUUUUAUUAACAUAUAUGAAUACCUGUGUUCAUAUUUUAUAUUUGAAAAUAUAGGUUGUGCAAGAUGAAGUGAUGAAUAAAAACAAUACAACUCAAAAUGUUUUUGGUGAUACUCAAGACGACAAGGUUGUUAUAGAUGUUACCUUUACGAUUUUAAUAAUUACUUUUUAAUAAAGUGUAUUUUGUUAUUAAGUAAAAAGUUAUAUUUUUAAUGUAGGUGUUGGAGGAGAGUACUCAGUAUGCGGGGAACAAAUUUGAUGAUGAUGUGUGUGAUGUAAACGAUUAUAGUGAAGUUAAAGAGGUUAUUAUAUAGUUACAUUAAUAUUAAUAUUUUGUUUAUUUAGAUAUUAUUGCUUAUUAAAUUAUGUGUAUUUCGUUAUUAAGUAUAAAGUAUUAUCUUUAAUGUAGGAGUGGGAGGAGAGAAAUGACAAUGCAGGGAACAAAUUUGAUGAUGAUGUGCCGGAUGAAGACGAACUUAUAAUAAUGGGAAAUGUAGAUUAUUUUCAUGAUGAUGAUGAUGACAAAGAAGUUACACCCGAUAAACGUAGGAGUCGAAAACCAUCACAAUUUUUAUGCACUCCUUACACCGAGGUAUUCGUUUUAUUUAUAAACUGUUGAUUUUAUGUUUAUGUGAAUUAUCUGAAAGAUAUACAUUUAAACAUUUGAAUAUUGUUUUUAGUUGCACACGACACCGAAACAAAAAAGAAGAACAAAAAAGAAGGUUGGUAUGAAAUCAACAAGCCCCGUUCCUCCUCCAGUUUUUGGUGUUGCUCAUGACUUCUCCAGGUUGCGCCUGCAACCUUACGUAGCAGGCGGUGAGGAUGUCAUCCAAAAUUAUGUAUUGCAUUCAUACGAUGUGCAGCAUCGUUUGUUUAAUUUCGUGUUAGAUAGAGAUUUUUGGAGCUCAUUGUUUGGGCAUACACACGACGGAUGGUUGGAGUCAGCGGUAAAUAAAUUGUUAAUUAAUUCUUUUAAAAGUUAAUUGUUUUUUAGUCAAUAACAAAAGUAUCAUGUGUGCAGCAUAUAACCAUUUGGUACCGACUUUUGAUGGAGAGACGGUUUGAGAGCGACCGACAUACAAUAAUGCCUCCAAAUUUUUUUGUUUCUCAUGCUUUGGAAGAAGGACAGGACUGGAGGGCGUUUAUGGCUGGUAUUGCUACAUACCCUAACUUCAUGGUUGCUUGGUGGGAUGUUGAUACGGUCUUAUUGCCGAUUCAUUCAUCCCCUAAUCAUUGGCUAUUUGGGGAACUACGAUUAGCGUCAAUGGAAGUGCAUAUUUAUGACAGUCUUGGUAGAGGUGCUUAUGAAAAAUUCCAAUCCGAAGGAAUCUUUUCCAAAUUUGAACGUCGGGUGGCAAAUUAUUUGGACAAGAUUAAGUAUUGGGCGCGGAGGAACAUCCCAAGGAUUCCAUUGAAUAUGCAAUUCAUUUAUGAAGAAAACGUUCCCCAACAAAGUAGUCAUUUGGGAGAUUGCGGUGUUUUUCUUUGUAUGUUUAUGGAGCAAUUGGUUUCAGGUCAACCAAUACGUGUUCUUAUUGACCCAAAGAACGCAGCUUUAGAGUUCCGUCUCCGGAUGGCAAAAAUUAUUUGGGGGUCUAGUCUUGCUCCUCUGUAGUUGGAUUAUAUAAAUGUAUAUACAAAUUAAUGUUGGAUUUCAUUAUUAGUUUAUCUUUAGAGUUUACUCAACGGAUGACAAAAAAUAUAACGUUACGAC